AUGUAUGCAUGCCCCAGGACAAGAGCUUUCUGUAUCUAUUCCAUUCUGUGUCUGCAAGCAGCUUAGUUUUCUAAACUUGUACUGGUUCAAUCCAGCCGCGCCGCGCCACAAUCAAGGAACGAAUUAAGCCAGCUGGAGCCUUUGCUGAAGAUCCAUUAGAUCAUGGGUUAGAUCGAACAAGCCAAUUCAACUCCAAAUGAACCUGGAGAUCUAUUCAAUACAUCAUGGAGAGGGACAUAAUAAUCAAGGCAAAUACCAUCGAUGCUGCAGCAGGAGAAAUACUCGGUAUUCUAGAUGGCAUCAGCAAAUACGAAAGAAAAAUCUACUUUUUUGGUUGGUGUGGACUCGGGGCAUCUGCUGCUCUCAGAGUGGCAGCCCAACGCCUGAAAUCACUGGUUGCUAAAGGAAGGAAGUUUGACAAGGUUGUCCACGUGGAUUGCACAUUGUGGCAAAGCAUGAGAGCCCUGCAAAAGGCAGUUGCUGAGGAGCUAGAGCUUCCCCAGUCGGUGAUGGCCAUCUUUGAUCAGCAUGAUGAGGAGGAUGAUUUCAAUGGGAUAGACCAAGGCUCCAGAGGGGUUUUAUUGGAUGUCAGAGAGGAGAUCUUCAGAAAGCUUGCUAGUAGUACGUUUGUGGUGUUUUUUCACAACGGGAGCAACCACUACAUUGAUUUGUACGAGUGUGGUGUCCCUGUAACAACAUUUUUGAGUAACAAGGUCGUGUGGACCUGGGGUGGGGGUUUUCAUUUGCCCAAUAAAAGUCUGGAACGUCAGCUUAGAAACAAUGUGGUUGAUGUUUUCGUGGGAAGUGAAGACUGGCACGAUCAUGUAUUGCAUGAAGAGGCCGCGGAGGUUGCCAAGCACGUGGGUAUUCUUGAUCCUGAUAAGAUAGUAGAGUGCUUCCAGUAUGCUUGGGCAAGAAGACUUGUGUGUGAUAUUGACUGGGAGAUGCAUGCUUCAAACUAUUGGGUAAGCGACGGGAUUAUACAAGGUCAAGGCGAUACAUUGGCAUGGGAGGUUGGCAAUGCUUUGAAGAGAAACGUACACUUGGAUCGGAUUGUGGAGAAUAUUUACUAUGAGAAAGAGAUUGGUGGUCGCAUUCCCAGUCCUAAUGGCUGUUGGGUUUCAGCCACACACCAAACCCUGCUACAUGAUGGUAAUCGCGUGUUGCCUCCUCGGGCGACAUCCUUCUUCCUUCUAACAGAAGAAUCAGAGGGUAGGAGGGUGGUAUUACCAGCUGCCAUGUUCCCACACAACAAUAGGCUACGGGUGUUACAUCUAUCUUGGUGCACCUUCAGUUUUACAUCUCCUCCCUUCUUCUGUUGCAGCCACCUAAGAUUCCUCCUGCUGGACCAUUGCACAGAUGUCAGAGAGGAGGAGCAUCAAAGCAACAACCAAAGCGGAUCAUGUUUCCAGAAGUUGUGGGUGUUGGACCUGAGGUACACAGAUUGGUACUCAAAAACUAUGAUGUGUUUAAUGGAUGAACUCAGGGAGCUGAAUGUGGAGACAGACAAGGAUUGGAUGAGCAUAGUUGAUCGCUGUGGCAAUAGAACAAGCCUUGUCAAGCUCCGAGUAGCUACCAACACAGACUCUGCAACAGAAAUAGCCAUUCACUGUCAUGUCCCUAACCUGUCUAGCGCCAGCCUCCUUAAGGAAAUCAUCCUUGAGGACUGUGUUGGAUUGGAACAAGUUGUCACUGAUGUUCUGCCACCAUUGCUUGAGUCAUUUAGUUUCUUCAUCACUGAUGAUGCUAUCCCUAAGAUAUCAAGCAUUUCCUUAGAGGGCCUUGCCAAAUUGAAGAGUGUGCUGCUAAGAGGGGUGAUGGAGAACCUCCAGGAUCUGGAUCUCUCGGGUACAGCAGUGAAGACCCUCGACCUCAGAAAAGUGGUAGCCCUGAACCUCAAGCAGCUCAUCCUACUGGGUUGUGAGAAGCUGCAAACAAUACAACAUCCAUCAAGUAACAAAUGGCCAAGGAGGUUCGAGGUGUUGCGCAUUGACACCAUCCGAUCAGCAUCAUCUGCCCAAGCUAAUUGGGAAGAGAAGACCAAGGAGACUAUUGCUGCUAUAGGAUCAUCUUGUAUUGCUGCAGUUCCUUCUGAAAAACCAGCUACAUCCUUUGAUUGGUACAUCUCUGUAAGGGAUGCAAGGCUCUUUAGGUCGCUAGAGCCCUUUGAAAAAUAUUUCACGAAGAAGUGUGGAUGUAUAGAGAUGGCGUCAUCACCUACAGGUAGUGUUGCUAUUGAUGAUAGUGGACGGGCUCAAGGAAUUAGAAAGCCUGGUCAUUAUUUAUAUGCAAGAGAUAUAAUCUUCCGAGACCACCUGCUGGCUGCUACUGCUAAUGAAGGUGCAAUCGGAUGGAUGUGGGCUUUCUCGUCUGUUCCUGCUGUUGAUGAAUCCGUGAGCUGGUACGUCCACAUACAAGAUGAAGAGGAGAUAAAGAGUGGAUUACUGCAGCAACAAGGCAACAUCCAAGGAACUAGUACUGGUGUUUCUUUAAUCCCUGAUUUUAUAUGUUACAGUGCUAUAACACUGCGUGUGCAUGAUAGCUUGUCCAUCACUAGCAUCCCAAGCCCACAAGUGCUAUGGUCGAGCAGGUUUACAAAAUCAUGGAGCUACCUUCGAUGGUGUCGAGUUGAGAGAUGCCCGAAGCUAAGCUCUGUAUUUCCUAUCCCCACACGAGGUGAUGAUGGGAAUGAUUAUGAGAUAGUUGAAUGCUUUUCUUGGUUGACCACGUUCCGGGCAUCCCAGCUCCUGAAGGCACGCUACAUCUGGAACUGGAGUACAACAUGCAUACCCAGUAAAGAUUCCUUUCAACGCCUAAAAUUCAUGCACCUAGACUAUUGCCCCGGGCUCAUACAUGUGCUCCCCUUAUCCGUAAAUAUGACUACCUUGGGGAACCUAGAGACCCUCGAGAUCGUGUGUUGUGGCGAUCUCAUGGAGAUCUUCCCUUUGGACCCUAAGCGCCAAGAGAAGGAAACCGUUAUAAAUUUCCCCGAGCUGAAGCAUAUCCACCUACACGAUCUCCCCAAGCUGCAGCGCAUCUGUGGAAGUAAGAUGUUUGCGCCAAAGCUCGAGACUAUCAAGACAAGGGGCUGCUGGAGCCUGAGGCGCCUGCCCGCCGUUGCCAAGCAAUGCCCGGAGGUGGACUGCGAGAAGGAAUGGUGGGACAUCUUGGAGUGGGCCGAGGUGGAUGCAAACCACCACCCUUCGCUCUACAAGCCGAGCCACUCGAGGUACUACAAGAAGGCCCAACUGCCAAGAGGCACCGUACUCAGGUAAUCCAUCCCUUCACUGACGUGAUCUUCAGCUUGCUUCGACACUACAUGCAUGUUGGCUUACAAAGUUCAAGAUUUCUCUGCAAUAUAUGGUUGUGUGUAUGUUUCCUACCCAAAUUCAUGUUACUUGAUUGGUUUGUGAGUGCUCUGUAUCUACUUUGCCAUGGUGUGACUCUGCUCGUACAGCAAUCUACGUUGUUGACGUGACGAUGUGUCUACCAAUUUGGAUUUGUUUCGUUUGGUUUGGUUCGGUCAUCUUUGCUGGACCGACCCAUGUAUCCAUCAGAGCAAGUAUCUAUCAUCUGGUUGGAGAGAUGAUGGUAUAGGCUCUGAGCAAGAGAGAAAUAAAUAGGAGUGGCAUUCAGCUUAUGUGGCAUGGUGCUGCCAUGCUCUCUCUGUGUGGUGUGG